AUGUUCAAGCCGCUGGCUCUCCGCGCUGCGCGGUCGCAGAUGCGCCUGUCUGCGGCACCGGUGCCUAUGCGCCAGCUGAAUCAGUCGCAUGGUCCCCGGCGUGCGAUUUCUAUGCAGCCGCACGUUCUGCGCAAGGCGAUGGCCGUUGCGUCGCUCGGUGCGGCUGCUGCGCUCACGCUCGCGAUCCAGGGCGCGUGCGGCGGGGGUGUGGUCGAGUGCGAUGCACCGACAGAGCCCAAGAAUGCGUCGACCAAGGUCUCGCACAAGCUCGACGUGUCGCACCUCGACGAGUCGGUGCUGACCGAUCCUUCGGUGCCGAUGCGCACGCGCAUGGCGACCUACGUCAAGCUCCUGCAGAGCCGUAUCGUGCAUGCAGUGCAGGCCGAGGAAAACUCGGAGAAGCAUGGCGAUGAUACCAAGAACUUCCUUGUUGAGUCCUGGGAGCGCAAGGAGGGUGGCGAAGGCAUUUCGUGCGUCAUGCAGGACGGCAAGGUCUUUGAAAAGGCCGGCGUGAACGUCAGUGUGGUGUACGGCAAGCUUCCUCCGGCUGCCAUCCGCCAAAUGUCGGCGGACCACAGCGGACUGGUGGAGCGCAUCGGGUACAAGACCGAGGGCCCCGACGCCGAAGUGGACAACAUGCCGUUCUUUGCGACGGGUCUCAGCCUCGUGAUCCAUCCCCGCAAUCCUUUCGCACCGACGGCGCACAUGAACUACCGCUACUUUGAGCUGUCGCACCCCAAGACGCUCAAAGACGGUUCGCCGAAUCCUCGCUACUCGGAGGAGCCGGCGGCGUGGUGGUUCGGCGGCGGCUCCGACCUGACGCCGACCUACCUCUUUGCGGAGGACGCGCGCCACUUCCACGAAACGCUCAAGAACGCCGCGGACCAGCAGGAUGCCGCCUUUUACCCCGCGUGGAAGAAGUGGUGCGACAGUUACUUCCGCAUUACGCACCGCAACGAGUCCCGUGGCGUCGGUGGCAUCUUCUUUGACGACCUGACGCUUCCCACCUGGAACAAGGGCACGCCGACGUUUAUUCCUGUCUUUGACGGCCAGAAGCACAAGGCCGAACAGCUCGUCUCUGCCAAGCAGCACGAUCGCGAGACGCUUUUCCGUACGGUGCGUGCGCUGGGCGAUGCGUUUGUUCCGGCGUACAUUCCCCUGGUGGAAAUGCGCAAGAACAUGCCGUACACGCAGCAGAACCUCGACUGGCAGCACCUGCGCCGCGGCCGCUACGUCGAGUUCAACCUCGUGUACGACCGCGGGACCAAGUUUGGUCUCAUGACGCCGGGCGCGCGCAUUGAGAGCAUUCUCAUGAGCCUGCCUCUCGAGGCACGCUGGGAGUAUAUGGACGGCACGACCGGUACCGGCCGCGAGAACUCGACCGCCGCCUUGAUGGACAAGGCGGAGAAGGCCGCGUCGCAUCCGACUGGAGAAAUGGCCGCACGGGACGAGAUCCAGGAUGUGCUGGAGCACCCCCGCGACUGGGCAUAG